AUGUGCACCAACCCCCGAUUUGCUGACGGCGGAGAAUACCAUCCUUGUGAGAAGUGGGAGGAACAAAUGAACUGUCAACUGGGCAAAAUAAACGAAGCUCUGAUGUGCAGAGUGAACGGGGAAAAUACGAACAUCACCAAAUACCUGAUCUGUGGUAGGGGUGAAACCUGUGAUGAUGGUAUGGAUGAGAAGUGCACAAACUUUACUACAGUUUCUAAUGAGCACUGUGGUAUACAUAACCAUUCCAUAUGUGAUGGAGUAAAUGAUUGUCCUUUAGGAGUGGACGAAACUGACUGCAAUGCUACAACAUAUAAAAACAUUGCAUGUCAGCGCAAAGUCCAUUACCAUCAUGAUACCAAGUUUAUUCCACUCCUUAAAUCUUUUGUAAUGGACGGAGUUCAUGAUUGCAUCGACGGUAAAGAUGAGAGUAAGGACUUCUUUCAAGAAUGCGGCCAAGAAAACAGAAAAAGAUGGGAUGCUAAAACAUCAACCUGCAGUGAAAUGCUCAAAAUCAGCAACAUACCGGAGGAUCAAAGGUAUUUGAACAUGAACAACUUGUGCGACCACGUGUCUGACUUUGAGGGAGAGAAGGCCAUGUGUUACAUCAGUAGAGAUUAUGCAAACUGGUGGACGGACACUAUUACUCAUGCUGGUAGAAUAUUCGUGCCCCCGUGUGUGCCCGACCUCCUUAAUGGGAAGUGCAUUGCAAGGGACAAGGUUUGUGACCUAGCUGAUGACUGUGGAGAUGGGUCUGAUGAAGACGGGUGUAUUAAUCAGUUUACUUGUGUGACCAGCGGAGAGAGACUCAUUCUAAGUAAGCAGUGUAACGGGAUCAUGAACUGUGUAGAUUUCAGUGACGAGUGUGGAGAUCAGUGUGAGAACGCCCAACGUCGGAUUAUUUCCAGCGCUCAUCUGAGAACUGCUUCGUGGCUUAUCGGGGUAGGAUCUACAGUCAUCAACAUCCUAGUUCUUAUCAAGUCCGGGGCACAGCUCACUCGAUUGCGGGGAUUCUCUGUGAUGAUGUUGGAAUACGUUCAGAUGAUGUUUAAAUACGUCCAUAUGAUGUUGAAAUACGUCCAGAUGAUGUUGGAAUACGUCCAGAUGAAGAAUGGAAAUGAUUUUUGA